AAUUAAACUACAAUUUUUUUUAUCAUUUCAGUGACUGGACAUUUUAUAGAAACAUCACCUCUGUGCAAAGACUUUCAUUGCCAAAAUGCACACAUGAACCCAGAAAUUUUUCGCAUUUGUCAACAAAUUGGUUGUUACAAUGAAAACCCAAGACCAUAUCCUCCCCCAAUAAAUUCUCCACCAGGAAACUUUCCACCAGUAAACUAUCCACCAGGAAACUUUCCACCAGGCAACUCUCCAACAGGAAACUCUCCGCCAGGAAACUCUCCACCAGUAAACUAUCCACCAGUAAACUAUCCACCAGUAAACUAUCCACCAGGAAACUUUGCACCAGGCAACUCUCCACCAGGAAACUCUCCGCCAGGAAACUCUCCACCAGUAAACUAUCCACCAGGAAACUAUCCACCAGGAAUCUUUCCACCAGGAAUCUUUCCAGGCAACUCUCCACCAGUAAACUUUCCACCAGGAAACUCUCCACCAGUAAACUUUCCACCAGGCAACUUUCCACCAGGAAACUCUCCAGCAGGAAACCCUCCACUAGGCAACUCUCCACCAGGAAACUUUCCACCAGUAAACUUUCCACCAGGAAACUCUCCAUCAGGAAACUUUCCGCCAGGAAGCUUUCCACCAGGAAACUAUCCACCAGGAAUCUUUCCCUCAGGCAACUCUCCAGCAGUAAACUUUCCACCAGGCAACUCUCCAGCAGUAAACUUUCCACCAGGCAACUCUCCACCAGGAAACUCUCCACCAGUAAACUUUCCAUCAGGAAACUAUCCACCAGGAAACUUUGCACCAGGAAUCUUUCCCCCAGGCGACUCUCCAGCAGUAAACUUUCCACCAGUAGACUUUCCACCAGGAAACUAUCCACCAGGAAACUUUCCACCAGGCAACUCUCCACCAGUAAACUCUCCACCAGUAAAUACUCCACCAGUAAACACUCUACCAGGAAUCUUUCUCCCAGGCGACUCUCCAGCAGUAAACUUUCCACCAGUAGACUUUCCACCAGGCAACUCUCCACCAGUAAACUUUCCACCAGGAAACUAUCCACCAGGAAACUUUCCACCAGGAAUCUUUCCACCAGUAAACUCUCCACCAGUAAACUCUCCACCAGUAAACUCUCCACCAGUAAACACUCCACCAGUAAACACUCCACCAGUAGACUUUCCACCAGUAGACUAUCCACCAGGCAACUCUCCACCAGUAAACUUUCCACCAGGAAACUAUCCACCAGGAAACUUUCCACCAGGAAUCUUUCCACCAGUAAACUCUCCACCAGUAAACUCUCCACCAGUAAACACUCCACCAGUAAACGCUCCACCAGUAGACUUUCCACCAGUAAACUAUCCACCAGUAGACUUUCCAUCAGGCAACACUCCGCCAGUAAACUAUCCGCCAGUUCCACCAUAUUAUGAUUCAGGGCCAUAUUCUCGACCACCUCCAUCAACGUUUCCACAAGCAUUUCCACCAACAAUGUAUCCGUCGCUUCCACCGUUUUAUGAUCCAGGACCGCAUUCUCCACCAAUGAUGCAGCCAUCACUUCCUUUUGUACCACAUGCACCAGCAACUGGUCCACCAUAUUAUGGCUUCUACCCUUCCUAUUCUUGGCACCAUCACUCAGCACCAGUGCCACCACACCACACUAAAGUCCCAGCACCUAUAAAAGAAGAAGCAGCAAACUUAACAUACCCUGAUAAUGAUAAUGGAGAUAACAACAGCGAUUGGUUAAUAAAAGGCUUCGACUGGCCAGGAUGGCAAGUUGUGGCAUCGAAUGCCUCUGAGGUAGCGCUCCUAAAAAAAGGUUUGAAAAAGAUUGUUGAUGAUGCUGGUCAGUCCUGGAAAGCAAGGGUGUCAAAACAUUUCAAGGAACAAAAGAAAUUAUUUGGCUUUUUGAACAAGUUAAACGCUGACUUCAACAAGUGCAAUUGUAUAGUAGCUUUGUCCAAAUGGUUGGAAGCUAUUGGUUUGUCUGCCAAUGAUGGAACUUACUUUAAGAACUGGCUCAACGACAUUGUAAAACCAGAUAAAGGAGAUAACUCGAAUAAUAUCAGGUACUCUCAACAGCAACAACAACAACAAUCCAACUACAACCCUUAUGGAUUCUAUGGAGAUCCUUAUCUGAUGUACAACCCACACUAUUUCAACAGUGACCCCUAUGCACCAAGUGUGAACAACAUGUAUGACAGUUGGUCAUCUGGGAUGUCUUAUCCUUUAACUUUUGUGCCUGGUACCAUUUAUCCCAACAUCGAUCGACCAUAUUCUAAUCAACAUCAAGACCAGUGGCCUGUUCCAAGCAAGAAUUUCGAUGCUGCUUCCCAAGAUGAUAAAAAACCAAUUCCUCUCGUCCAACAGAAUUCUACAACACCCAAUACUCCUAAUCCUCCGCAAGUCUUAGUAACAUUCAAUCUAAAAGAAUUUAAUGUUUUAAAAUGCACAAUCAAUGUAACAAAGCAGAGUCCUGCACCUCUUGAAGAUUUCCUAACAAAAGCAUCUCAAACGAACAGCUGCUUUGAAUUUACAACUGUUUUCUACAUCAACAAUCCUCUAAGACAAGGCAAAUAUCUAAAUAGUAUCAAUGGUAUAAAUGUGACUGCCACAACAACCUGGGAAAUUUCUAAAGAGAAUGGACCCAUUGAUUUAAAUUUGGGUGUCGUGGCACAAACUGGCGACACGUUCACCAUUAACAACACCAGCGUUUAACUGAUUGCUACCCAGAAAAGGAAUUUAAAUUUUUUUAAAAAUAUAUAUAAAUAUAUUUCCUGUAGGAAAUAUAUUUGUGUAUUUUUUAUAAAAUUCUCUUCUUUUUUUUUAAUCCAAUAAACGUCUUGGGUUCUAAAA